AGUCCGUCUGGCAAAUACAAGAAGGAACCCCUGCAGCCUUCGGGUCCCCCGCUUCCUGACCCACGAAGCCUCAGGCCGACCUGGGCUCGCUGAAAGGUCUCCGGGCGACGAUCCGGGCUGAGGAUGUUAAAGUUGGUGACGCAGAGCCCCGAGCUGUAGCCGGGGAAGGCUGCGAGCGUAGCGGCCCCGUCAUGUCCCAGCCCGGCCCGAAGCCCGCCGCCUCCCCGCGGCCCCGGCGCGCCGCGGCUGCCCGCCACCCCCAGGAGCAUGUCAAUGAAAAAAGCAGUGGAUCAUCUUCUAAACAAGGAGAAAAGAAAGGAUCGGAUGAGAAAAAAGCAUCGAACUUGGGAAGCAGUCACCCCUCCAGAGCUCAUGCCAGUGGAGCAGCCUCAGACACCAAGGUAUCAGCCUCCUCAGGUGCAACUGCCAAGACUUCCAGUAUGAAUACCACAGAAAGCCAGGCAAGCAGCAAACAGAUGGAAGGACUACAUCCUCCUAACAAGAAAAGACACAAAAAACAGGCUGCAAAAACACAACCUGAGAAGUCACAAUCAUCUGAGAAGUCACAAUCAACUAAGCCCUCUGUGGUCCAUGAGAAAAAAUCCCAAGAAGGAAAGCCAAAGGAACACGCAGAGCCAAAAAGCCUCCCUAAGCAUGUACCAGAUGCAGGAAGCAAACAAGCACAUAAAGAAAAAGCAGUUUCCAAAGCAAAUGAGAAGCUGACAUCAGAGAAAUCAACAGAACCAAAGUCACAGGUGAAAUCACAAGACCAUGUUUCUGCUGGGGGAGAAACUAUUGUUGCGGGUGUAUCUGCAGCACCAGUCAAAGCAGAUGAUAAGAAAAAAGAAAAGAAAUCAUUAACUCCUGAAGUGCCAGUCAACUCCAAACCGGAUAAACCAGGAAAGUCAGGCCUGGAUGCUGCUUUGGAUGACCUAAUAGACACUUUAGGAGAACCUGAAGAAACUAACGAAAACAAUACACCAUAUACCGGGCCAGUAGUUUCGGAUCCAAUGUUUUCGACCAACAUUGAAGAACUGGGUAAAAGAGAAGUCACAAUUCCUCCCAAAUAUAGGGAACUUUUGGCUAAAAAGGAAGGGAUCACUGGGCCUCCUCCAGACUCUCCGAAAUCUAUGGGGCCGGAUGAUGCCAUAGAUGCCUUGUCAUCUGACUUCACCUGUAGUUCUCCUACCACUGAAGGAAAGAAAACUGAGUCAGAGAAAUCCACAGGAGAGGUUUUAAAAGCUCAAUCAGCUGGGGUAGUCAGAAGUACUGCUCCGCCCCAGGAAAAGAAAAGAAGGGUGGAAGAGGAUGCCAUGAGUGAUCAAGCACUUGAGGCUCUGUCAGCUUCACUGGGUACCCGGAAAUCAGACCCUGAGAUCGACCUCAGCUCCAUUAAGGAAGUUGAUGAGGCAAAAGCUAAAGAAGAAAAACUAGAAAAGUGCGGUGAGGAUGAUGAGACAGUCCCAUCUGAAUACAGACUAAAGCCCGUCACGGAUGAAGAUGGAAAACCACUAUUGCCAGAGCCUGAAGAAAAAUCCAAGCCCCGGAGUGAAUCAGAACUCAUUGAUGAACUUGCAGAAGAUUUUGACCAGUCGAAAAGCAAAGAAAAGCAACCUGAGCCAACUGAAAAAACAGAAAAAUCUAAAGUCACUGCCCCAGUUCCUGUGGCAGAGGCUGUGUCACGGACCUCCAUGUGUAGCAUACAGUCAACACCACCCAAGACCACAUCCUUGGAGGACAUGGCACCCAAUGAUGCUGUAGAAGCCUUGGCUGGCAGCCUGGGGAAAAGGCAAGCAGAUCCAGAAGAUGGAAAGCCUGAAGUGGAUAAAGUCAAGGAGAAAGCCAAAGAAGAAGACCGGGAAAAGCUUGGUGAAAAAGAAGAAACAAUUCCUCCUGAUUAUAGGCUAGAAGAGGUCAAGGAUAAAGAUGGAAAACCAUUCCUGCCUAAAGAUCCCAAGAAACAGUUUCCGGCCCUGAGUGAUGACUUCCUUGUUAAUGCGUUGUCCGAGGAUUUCUAUGGUUCUCCAGACGCUUCCUCUCUUAAAUUGGACGAUGCUAAACUUUCUGCUGUCAUGUCUGAAGUGGUUUCCCAAACCCAAGCUCCUACCACCCAAACUGCAGCUCCGCCCCCAAACACCACGCAGAGAGACAAAGAACUUGAUGAUGCUUUGGAUAAACUUUCUGACAGUCUCGGGCAAAGAAAGCCUGACCCUGAUGCUAACAAACCAAUGGAAGAUAAAGUAAAGGAGAAAGCUAAAGCAGAACACCGAGACAAGCUGGGAGAAAGAGAUGACACUAUCCCACCCGACUAUAGACAUCUCCUGGACAAUGAUGGACAGGACAAACCAGCCAGCCCAGCUACAAAGAAAUCAAAGAAACCUGAAGACAACCAAGACCCCAUUGAUGCCCUCUCAGGAGACCUGGACAGCUGUCCAACUCCAGAAACCUCACAGAACACAGCAAAGGAUAAGACCAAGAAGACCGCCUCCAGUUCCAAAACUCCUAAGAAUGGAGGCAAAGCAAAGGAUUCUACACAGAGAACAAAGGAAGUUUCCAAGCCAGAUGGUGAAGGAAAAACAAGCUAAAAUUUACAAUUUGGUAUCUGCAUAUAAAACCUUCACCUGGUGGAUGGUGACUUUGAAGAACAAAGGAUUUCAGCAAUAGACAAAUUUUCUGGGUGGCU